ACACAUGACUCCCACUUUGGUAAUACUGUUGUCAUCUUAUUAGAAAUAUUCUAAUUGCCCUCAACAAAUUUAAUCAAUUUUUAAGAAAGUAGCAGAUAAUUAAACAUAUACAAUGGCUUUACAUGUACCUAAAGCUCCUGGCUUUGCCCAGAUGUUGAAAGAUGGAGCAAGGUACUUUUCUGGCUUGGAAGAAGCGGUUAUAAGAAAUAUUGGAGCAUGCAAAGAAUUCUCGCAUUCUGUUCAAUCUGCCUAUGGACCAAAUGGAAUGAACAAAAUGGUUAUCAACCAUCUAGAAAAAAUGUUCGUUACAAGUGAUGCUGCUACCAUUAUUAGAGAAUUGGAUGUAGAACAUCCUGCUGCAAAAUUAAUGAUACUUGGUUCUGAAAUGCAGGAUUCAGAAGUAGGAGAUGGUACCAAUUUUGUUAUCAUUCUUGCGGGAGCUUUAUUAGAAUGCUCAGAAGAACUUAUCCGUCUUGGGGUAACACCAACAGAAAUCGCAGAAGGAUAUGAGUUAGCUUUAGAAAAAUGUUUAGAUAUCUUGCCCAAACUUGUAUGUAAAGAAGUAAAAAGUACACAUGAUACUGAAAAUAUGAAAAAAGCAAUUCUUACUUCAGUUCAGUCCAAACAGUAUGGAAAUGAAGAAUUUUUGUCUGACUUAAUAAUUAAAGCUUGUGAUUCCAUCAUAAGUGAAGGUACAACAUUCAAUGUAGACAAUGUUAGAGUGUGUAAAAUUCCUGGAUGUGGUCUUUUUAGCUCUCAGGUUGUAAAAGGUAUGGUCUUCAAAAAACAGAUCGAAGGAGAGGUGACUAAAGUAGAGAAAGGCAAAAUUGCUCUUUAUAGUUGUGCUGUUGAUAUUAUGCAAACCGAAACUAAGGGCACAGUUCUCAUUAAAACAGCUGAAGAAUUGACAAAUUUCAGUAGAGGAGAAGAAAAUCUUCUUGAAAUGCAAAUUAAAGCUAUUGCUGAUACUGGAGCUAAGGUUAUCGUAUCUGGUGCCAAAUUUGGUGACAUGGCUCUUCAUUAUGUUAACAAAUAUGGACUUAUGGCUGUCAGACUGAACUCAAAGUUUGACCUCAGAAGACUAAGUAAAUCUGUCGGAGGAACAGUUCUCCCAAGGCUAACACCACCUUCUCAACAAGAGUUGGGAUAUUGUGAUUCGGUUCAUGUUGAAGAACUUGGUGACACACCAACUGUUGUUUUCAAAAAUGAAGGAAAAGAUGCUAGAAUUGCUACUAUUGUUAUCAGAGGUGCAACUGAUAGUUAUAUGGAUGACAUUGAAAGAGCCAUUGAUGAUGGUGUUAAUACAUAUAAAUGUCUAUCGCGAGAUGGCAGGCUAGUACCUGGAGCUGGUGCUAUAGAAGUUGAAUUAGCCUGUCAGCUGUCUGAGUAUGCUGACACACUUCCUGGAUUGGAACAGUACGCUGUCAGAAAAUUUGCAAAUGCUUUGGAGACUUUCCCCAAAACAUUGGCUGAAAAUAGUGGUCUACGAUCUACCAUUGUAUUAGAGAAACUGCUGGCAGCUCAUAAAAAUGGAGAGAAAAAUAUUGGAGUAGAUAUUGAAUCUGAUAACUCGACCUGUGAUGUAGUGGAAAAGAAUAUUUUGGAUCUUUACUCCUGCAAGUACUGGGGAUUGAAGUAUGCAGUUGGAGCAGCUGCAACCAUACUUAGAGUUGAUCAGAUCAUCAUGGCAAAGAGAGCAGGUGGACCUAAACCUAGACAGGGAGGAGGAGACGAUGACGAAUAAAUAUUACCAUCAGUUACACAGUAUCACUAAUUUAAUCUUUUUUAUAAUCGAAUUAAUAAAGUUUUAUUAACAUAUGUAACAAUUUCAUUCAUUUUCAUAUCUCCUAUUAUUAUUUAAUAUUGCUCUUGUACUAUUUAAAUGGAAUGUAAAUCAUCUCCCAGAUUGUACUAUGCUUUGAGACACCAAAUAAAUGUUGUUACUCCACCUGA